CUCAGGUGAAAUAAGGUAGAAGAGUUAAUCCACAGGUGAUCCUAAUUUUUCCAACAUAUGAAUAUUAUAAAACCUGUAAAUAAUAAGUUAAUAACAGUCAUUAACUCCUUCCGGCUCAGGUUUGUGUGGGACAAGUGAGGGAGAGUUGAGGUGGUCUGGCCGGGAGCUGAACACCCAUCAGGAGGGACUCAGCGCCGUGGCCACCUCCCUCACGGACCUCCACGGGGCGUACAACUUCGAGAGCCUUAAAUUAGGGUUCCCGGUGGUGGAGGGUUUAGUGCUUGGGAAUGGUGUCCUGCCCACAGAGUUCGAUGGUCAAGGGGCAGCUUCACGGGGUCAAGGAACUGCUACACGGAGUCAAAUACCAACUCGAGUUUUUCCUGAAUCUAAUACUGAUUCCACCUUCGGGAACAUUGGUCAAGGCGAGGCUGGUGUACGAGGCGAGGGAACAAGUAAGAGAGAGUUAGCCAGGUCGAUGAGGGAACAGUUCGACGUCUUCAAGGAACGUCUGGCACGUACAGUUCAAGAGUCGCCCUUCUCACCUCCGCCUACAGCGCCACCCGGAGCGACGAACACAACAGACGGCGAGGUGGGGUCCUCUGGUGCUGGUAGUGGAGGCAGGGAAGGCCGGGUACUCAUUGGUGAGAUGGUGAGUAAGUCAGAGCGUCGGGCAGGUGAGGACCCCAGUGGGAUAAAGUCGGGGAUAUUACGCCUAGAUGCUCACCCAAUACCCGUCACCUUCACCUCCCUCCCGGGCUUCCCUCUCUUUCCCCGCACCACUACUGUGGGGUCGGCUGGUGUGGGGGUGGGGGGUGUACCGGCCAGUGUGGGUACCGUCACCGGUGACACUACUGCGGUGCCAGGUGUGGGGCCGGGGACAAGUGUUGGCACUUUGACACCUGUGAGGACGGACCCGGCCACGGUGAGUCGAGGGCCAGGGCUGACGAGAGUGCCUGGGGGCGUCGUAGGCACCAGACUGACGGGUGUUGCAGGAGGCGGGUUCAGGAGGACACCAUCAGGAACCUCGGAAGGGGACAGCAACGGCGUGGGUAACCUGAUGAGGCUGUUGGAGUCCCGUCUGAUUGGUGGCAUCAGAGGAGCCACCACCACCACCUCACCCAUACAACACUUCGACCCAUCCAUCGUCGUCAACUUCCUCACCCUGGUCGCCCUCUCACAACAACAGAGGCGCGGUGGGUCAGGCUCGUCGGCACCUGGACAACGUAACGCUGCCCUGGCCGGAGGAGCUCCUCUCACUCUGCCCACAUCUGCUGCUGGCAGUGAAUUUGGUCCCUUCAGCACUGGCGACGACCCGUCAGCAGGGGUCGACCCGUCAUCCAUCCUGCUGCCUCCCAUGCUGCGCCAGACGCUGUACUCCUACUUGCUGCCACGGCUGGCUUCCCUCACCGCCCUGGUGGAGACUAUACCCGGUGUCCCAGGCCUGGACUACCCCAUCAUCUCCACUGUCCCCUACACCAACUUCUACUGCUCCGACAUGCCCUGGCCAGGCUUCUACGCCGACACAGAGGCCAGGUGUCAGGUGUGGCACUACUGUGAUCUGGACGGGCGGCAGGCAUCCUUCCUCUGCCCCAACGGCACCAUGUUCAACCAGGCGUUCUUCGUGUGUGACUGGUGGUACAACCUGGACUGUCAGUCAGCGCUCACUUACUCCUCAACGAGCGGGUGUUCGUCUCUUCCGGGAGGUCGACGAGAUUUGCCC